UGUUAAUUAAAAGGGCUAAAAGUGUAAAUGUUUUAUACCUUAAAGGUCGUCUCAUUUGUUUUUGAAAUAUUAGUACGCAGCAAAAGCAGAACAUGCUAUAUCAACAAUGCAACUACAGUUAUAACUUUAUAAUAGGUUGCCAAGUCUUACGAGAACACAUAAACCCUUGUUAAUUUUCGAAUAUUUAAUUUGACUAAAAAAUAGUUUUAUACUGGUUCACUAUUAUUUGAAAUUAUAACAGAUUUGUUUGAAUUAGACCAUAAAUUUGAUAUGAAUAAUUUUGGGCUUGAGCAGCUGUACUGAUGUUUCAAACGGUUUGAGGUUAACACGCAACUUGGUCCACUAAAGUUGGUCCCUGGAGUAAACGUCAAUCAGUGUUGAGGGUGCUUUGAAUCUUCAGGCGUUUGUGUUUUGUGGCACUUCAGGAUCUUAGCUAUUUAUUUAUAAUUAUAUAUCGUUAAAUAUGGAAAGAAAUUCCGAGUAUUUUUAUGGCACUCCGCCUGAAGUUCCGGUCAUAUCUGCAGAAAACAAACAACUAUGGACAACAAAUGAAACAGCAAAUGAAGGAACUUCAUUGACUGAAAGAUCUCAGGUAGCCUACAAGGUUGCCUUUGAUAAAUUCCAAAGGUGGUGUGUUGAAAAACAGGCGGAUGGUUAUUCGGAAACGGUACUUCUAGAAUAUUUUAUUGAAAAGGCUAAACAACGCAAGUCGUCAACACUAUGGGGCGAGUACUCAAUGAUUAAGAAAUCGUUGUUUGUUAUAGAAAAUGUUGAUAUAUCUAAGUAUGAUAAUCUAAAAGCUUUUUUAAAGAAGAUAUCUGUGGGUUACCAACCAAAACAAUCAAAAAUAUUUACUAAAGAAGAGUUCAAUAGAUAUAUAAGUGAAGCACCAGAUAGUGAACAUUUAUUCAAAAAGGUUGUUGCAAUUAUUGGAAUUGCUGGUGCUUGCAGCAGGGAAGAAUUAAUGAAUCUUUGUGUUCAAGAUAUUGAAGAUCAUAACUCACAUUUAUUAAUAAGAAUAAGAAAAACCAAAAACUAUUUGGAGAAAAGUUUUAUAGUUAAUGCUUAUAGUGGAGAAAAUAAUUUGAUUGAAAUAUACAGAAAAUAUGCUGCUUUGAGGCCAAAAAAAGCCAAAACUAAUAGGUUCUUUUUGCAAUAUAGAAAUUUAAAAUGUACCUUGCAAGUAAUUGGAAUCAAUACAUUUGGCAAAAUUCCUUCAGAGAUUGCAACCUUUUUGAAAUUGGAAGAUCCGUCAGCUUACACAGGACACUGUUUUAGAAGAUCAUCAGUAAGAAAGAUACCUAAUAUGCUAUCUUCACAAUUCACAGAAAGAGAACCAUCAGUGCCACAUGACUCCAAUUUGUUAUCAAUUAUCUCACCCACAGAGCAACCUUUUCUAACCAAGCAGGAGCAUGACAUUGACAUUCUUGAAGAAGCAUGGCCAUAUGAAAAUGAUGAUAACCAAGACAGCUUACAAGACACCCAAGUGUCAACUGAUACAGAUCAGGAUUACUAUGAGGACCCUGUCGUUGAUUAUUCACAAGAAAGGAAGAAGGUCAAAAACGAAAUUCUCUUGAUUAAGAAACGGAAGAAACAAGCGGAACUGGACUUGAUAGAACUUCAAAAGGAAAAGGCAGUCAUUGAAUUAGAAAUUAUGAAGAUUGAAUUGGAAAAGAAACGACGGUUAGUAUAAAUAUUUAGCUAGCAUUUUACCGUAAAAUUUGCGUUUUUACACAUUAGAUAUUUUUAUAAUAAAAGAAGUUAAAUAAAACCAACACCUACACAUCUGUUUAUUGUUGAAACUGUUUAUCCUCGUAAUUUUAAAAACAUAAAUAUAAAAGCGAUGCCGAUCACACCAAUAAGACAUUUUUGUUUUCCGCUCCAACAAUAUUGAUAAAGUCCGCACGGGUCCUUAUAUUUGUUCAUGCAUUUAUGUCGAAAUAUUAUUAUUAUAAGAAAUUGUUUUUUAAAGGGCGAACUUCGAAAAUAAUCACAAUUUUACACAAAAAAGACGCGUUUUUACAUAGUUCUGAUCAUUUAAAAAAAAAUUAAAAAUCGUAUCUAAAGGUCAAUUUAGGAAGAAGUUAUGGCUAUUUGAAAAUUAAAAAAUGCCAUUUUUUGAAAAAAGGAAGAGAAAAAAUUUGGAAAAAUUCUCAAUAAUAUUUUUCUUAAAGGCUAGAAUACCCCACAUAUAGUGGUAUAUCCCAUUCUGCAGGAUUAACGCUUUUCUAGGCAUAUGUACAUGAAUGCGUACGUGUGUUCCUUAUUAGCUUUAAAACGGUUGGACAAAUUUUGAUAAAAUUUUCAGAAAAUCUUCAGAUUAGCCUAUAAUUGUGUGAAACAUGGUAACAAAAAUUAACUUAAAGGGUGGCAAAUAAAAUAUGGUGUAAAUAAGAAACAAAUGCAUGUAAGCGCAAUCUCGAUUUUAAUUGCAGCACUAUUGAAAGUGAUAAAAAGUAGAUCAACUUUCAUCUCAAAUUUUACAUGGUUCGAGUUUUAUUUUGAUUUCAAAAAGUGGCCUAUGUUCUUCUCCAUUCCGUAACAGGUUUUUAUUCAUACCAAAGUUAACUAAAAUUGAUUUGAAGCAUUAAUCUUUGUUACCAUACAUACAUUGCACAGUGAUUUAGAGGUUAUACGUAAAAAAGAAAGCAGACAAAGUUUAACGCGUAUACAGUGAAUAUUUACGUAUUUUCACUGAAAACGAACAUAAAUUGCACCUAUUUUAAUCUAUGUAGUACAUAGAAGUAUAUAUAUAUAUAUCUGUACUAGUCAUGAGAAAAAGAAAAUCAGAUCUUUCUAAAAUCACAAGGAGGGCUAGAAUGGCAAAAUUGCGACGUGACAAUGAAUCGCCACAGAUUAGAGCAAUACGUCUCGCAACUAAUAGAUUCAGAACGUACGAGUCCAGGUUGAAUGAAAGUAGCCACCAGAGAAGCCAACGAUUAGAGCGAAGUAGACUUCGACAUGCAAUGAUCAGGAAGCAGCAAAAAAAUCAGAAGAUGAAAGAACAACGUCUAGCUUUAGUUCGGCAAUGCAAUGACACCCAAAGAAGAAUAAGUAUUACAAUUACCCCCAACAAUUAUAUCCAGGAGGAUUGUGAGCAUGGUGUUUCUAGAGAUCCUUUGCAAACUUCCAACUUUGAAGGCUUGAGCCUAAAAAUAGAAAAUGGUUUAGAUGUUCAUGGGGAACCUUCCGUUUAUUAUGGUAUUAAGGAGAGCUUAUUAGCAAAUACAAGGAGGCUUGGAGAUCAAGAAAUAUACAUAAAGAGAGAAACUGUUACACCUGAUGAUAUGCAUGAACUGCAAUUAGAAAAUUGUAACACUCUUCACUAUUCAUUGCCUUGUAUAGAGCAUAUAGAAAUUAAGGAAGAACCUGAACAAAAUUACAAUGAAGAUGUGUGAAUCUAUAGGAUAACCAACUCUAACACUGAAAGUUGCUGCAUGUGACAAUAAAAAAUUAAAUGCAGCUGGAGAGAGAAGCAACUGCCUGAACUACUUGCAUACUAAUCAAGAAUGCAAGAAAAGAACUGUUACCUAUUUGUAUUUUAUUGAAAAAGGAGUCAUUUAUAUGCAUUUCAUAUUAAAAUGUGUGCAUUAAGAA